AUGGAGUUCCGCUCAGCAGCUCGCCCCGCGAGCUCUCUCCUGGCCGCCGCGGCGCGCCAUGGCCAGCAGCCGCGCCUCACCCCGUUGACGACGACGCGCGGCCACAAGACAACCGCCCGCACCAAGCGCGCCCUCAAGAUCGCCCCCCACGACUCCUUCCUGCCCGACCGCUCCGCCACCUUCCCCGCCGCCGACAGCAUCAUCUGCAACCCGCCCGCCUCCGAGGCGUCGCCCGAGCACACGCCCUUCCUCUUCCUGCCCUCGUCGGACCCGCGCCGCGCCGCCGCCGCCCGCAUGCGCAAGACGACGACGACGACGACGACGACCGGCCCGACCCGCAGCGGCGGCACGGCGAUGCGGUACCCGCGCCGCGCGGACGAUCCCCGGUACCACCUGUCGGCGGAGCAGGUGCAGGAGAUGCGCAGUCUGCGCGCCGAGGACCCGCUGACGUGGAGCGUGGCGGCGCUGGCGCGGCGGUUCGACUGCUCGCAGGUGUUCGUGCAGAUCGCGGCGCCCGCGCCGGCGGAGCACAAGGCGUGGCUCGCGGAGCAGCAGGAGAAGCGCGAGGCGCGCUGGGGCAACAAGAAGACGGCGGCGCGGGAGGACCGUAAGCGGCGCGCGGAGCUCAUGUACCGCGGCGAGCUGUGA